AUGCGCCCCUCACCUGUGAGUGUUCUCGUCGCGGCGACCUUUGUGUCUUGCGUGGCUGCGUUGGACAGCCGCACGUGCCAUCGCACGUGGAAAGGUCGCGAGCAUUUGCAUCCGAACGUGUACAAGCUGCCGCCCCCCACCGAUGACGAGAUGGACGAGAUGCGGUCGCUUCCUCGGCAUUUGGACUGGUGCGAGCGGGGCAUGUGCACCCCGUCGUGGAACCAGCACAUCCCGGUCUACUGUGGCUCAUGCUUUGCGCACGGGGCCCUCGCGUCCGUGAACGACCGCAUCAAAAUUCUGCACCACGAACUAGGAUGGAAGCGCCCGGAUGUGAUGAUUGGGCGCCAGAGUUUCCUCAACUGCGCGCCAGGGCAUGGGUUGUCCCUUGGCUGCAAGGGGGGCGAACCCGCGGAUGUGUACGAGUUCAUGAAAGUGUAUGGCCUGCCGGACGAGACGUGCUUGCACUACAACGCGACGGACUAUACGAAGUAUAUCACGGCGUCCAACCCCAAUGGCACAUGUCCCCCCGAGGGCUUUUGCAUCGACUGCAUGAAAACCCCCGACAGCCCCGAGACGCCCGUUUGUUUUCCCGUGUCAAGUAUGGUUCGGUACCGUGCCAAGAAGUAUUGGCGCCUCGCGGGCGAACACGCGAUGAUGAAGGAGCUCCAACAUGGCCCCAUUACGUGCGGCAUGGCCUGUACGAAUGAGUUUGUGUUCAACUACACGGCAGGGAUCUUCCGCGACACCACCAACUUUACCGAGUUGGACCACGACGUGGAGAUUGUGGGGUAUGGCGAAGACGAGCACGGGGUCAAGUACUGGCGCGCGCGCAAUUCGUGGGGCACGUAUUGGGGGGAGAGUGGGUUUUUCAAGAUUGUGCGGGGGGAGAACAACUUGGUGAUUGAAAGCGACUGCCACGUCAUGGUGCCGGACGUGUCGGACGACAAGUUUGUGUGGGACAAGGUGCAUCCUGCGUACGGGGGGUCGAUUUAUGGGUUGCGCCCGUACGACCAAAACCAGAUUGCCCAUAUCGGGUACCCCCUGGAGAAUUCCAGCGAUAUUUCGUGGAACAAUACGCAACACUACUCGCACGAAUUGCUGCAUAAACCCAAGCGACCCAUGCCCAUGAAGCUAGGGUCCACGCCAACCCCGUCAAAUGCCUGGAUCCAGCUGGUGAUGGUGGCACUGGUGGCUGGAGCUGGAGGCAUCGUGGCGGGGGUAGUGGGGACUAGUUUCCGCCGUGCAUUGUACGAACGCAUCGGCUAA